CAGAAGGCCACAGGAGCCAGCAGCUCGACUCUCAAGAUGGCCACGUCGGACUCGAAGGCUCCACUGAGAACGGUCAAAAGGGUACAAUUUGGCAUCCUUUCUCCCGAUGAGAUCCGUCGUAUGUCUGUUACAGAGGGGGGAAUUCGCUUUCCGGAGACUAUGGAAGGUGGACGCCCCAAGCUUGGUGGACUCAUGGACCCCAGACAAGGUGUUAUUGACAGAAAUUCUAGAUGUCAGACUUGUGCUGGCAACAUGACAGAAUGUCCUGGACAUUUUGGACACAUUGACUUAGCAAAGCCUGUUUUUCACUGCGGUUUUAUAACAAAGUCUAUUAAGAUUUUAAGAUGCGUUUGUUUUUUCUGUUCGAAGCUACUUGUUAGUCCAAACAAUGCAAAAAUGAAAGAAAUUGUGAUGAAGACAAAAGGUCAACCACGAAAGCGUUUGACAUUUGUCUAUGAUCUUUGUAAAAGUAAGAAUAUCUGUGAAGGUGGUGAUGAAAUGGAUAUAGCCAAAGAUGGACAACCCGAAGAUCCCAACAAAAAGCCAGGUCAUGGAGGUUGUGGUCGUUACCAACCAAAUCUUAGACGAUCUGGACUUGAUGUAACAGCUGAAUGGAAACAUAUCAAUGAAGACUCACAAGAAAAGAAAAUCAUUCUGACUGCUGAACGGGCUUGGGAAAUUCUAAAACAUAUUACAGAUGAGGAAUCUUUUAUCCUUGGAAUGGAUCCCAAAUUUGCCCGCCCUGACUGGAUGGUAAUCACAGUACUACCAGUUCCACCUCUUGCAGUACGACCUGCUGUAGUUAUGUAUGGUUCAGCAAAGAAUCAAGAUGAUUUGACUCACAAACUCUCUGAUAUUAUUAAGUCAAACAACGAGUUAUUGAGGAAUGAACAAGCUGGUGCAGCUCCACAUGUUAUUGCUGAGAACAUCAAAAUGUUGCAGUUUCAUGUAGCCACACUCGUUGACAAUGACAUGCCUGGCAUGCCAAAGGCUAUGCAAAAAUCGGGUAAACCUCUCAAAGCUAUCAAAGCUCGUUUAAAAGGCAAGGAAGGUCGUAUCCGAGGUAAUCUCAUGGGUAAGCGUGUGGAUUUCUCUGCGCGCACCGUCAUCACACCAGAUCCGAACCUGCGAAUUGAUCAGGUUGGUGUACCCAGGAGUAUCGCACAAAAUCUCACGUUCCCGGAAAUCGUCACACCAUUCAACAUUGACAAGAUGCAGGAACUUGUGAGAAGAGGAAACACGCGUUACCCUGGUGCCAAGUACAUCAUUCGCGAUAAUGGAGAUCGUAUUGACUUGAGAUUUCAUCCAAAGCCUUCUGACCUCCACCUACAAUGUGGUUACAAAAUUGAACGACACAUCAGAGAUGGUGACCUAGUUAUUUUCAAUCGUCAGCCAACUCUUCACAAGAUGAGUAUGAUGGGUCACAGGGUAAAAGUUUUACCCUGGAGUACCUUUCGUAUGAACCUCAGUUGUACUUCACCGUACAACGCCGAUUUCGAUGGUGACGAAAUGAAUUUACAUGUUCCACAAUCUAUGGAAACUCGAGCUGAAGUUGAGAAUAUCCAUGUCACUCCUCGACAAAUUAUCACACCUCAAGCCAAUAAACCUGUUAUGGGUAUUGUACAAGAUACGCUCACAGCGGUCAGAAAAAUGACCAAGAGGGACGUCUUUAUCGAGAAAGAGCAAAUGAUGAAUAUCCUUAUGUUCUUACCCAGUUGGGAUGGAAAAAUGCCACAACCUUGCAUCUUAAAACCCAAGCCUUUGUGGACAGGCAAACAGAUCUUUUCCUUGAUUAUUCCUGGAAAUGUAAAUAUGAUUCGUACUCACAGUACGCAUCCGGAUGACGAGGACGACGGUCCUUACAAAUGGAUUUCACCUGGAGAUACAAAGGUCAUGGUGGAGCACGGAGAACUUAUUAUGGGUAUCUUGUGUAAGAAGACUCUCGGUACAUCGGCUGGUUCUCUGCUGCAUAUUUGUAUGUUGGAAUUGGGUCACGAAGUUUGUGGAAGAUUUUAUGGUAACAUCCAAACUGUAAUCAACAAUUGGUUAUUGUUGGAGGGUCACUCGAUUGGUAUUGGAGACACUAUUGCCGAUCCUCAAACUUAUCAAGAAAUUCAAAAAGCUAUCAAGAAAGCCAAAGAAGAUGUCAUAGAAGUUAUUCAAAAAGCUCACAACAUGGAGCUUGAGCCAACACCCGGUAACACACUUAGGCAGACCUUCGAAAAUCAGGUCAACAGAAUUCUCAACGACGCUCGUGACAAGACUGGUGGCUCUGCCAAGAAAUCUUUAACUGAGUACAACAAUCUAAAGGCUAUGGUCGUUUCAGGUUCUAAGGGUUCUAACAUCAACAUCUCUCAAGUUAUUGCUUGUGUAGGCCAACAGAACGUCGAAGGUAAACGUAUUCCUUUCGGUUUUCGUAAGAGAACUUUACCUCACUUCAUCAAAGACGAUUACGGUCCCGAGUCCAGAGGAUUUGUCGAAAACUCAUACCUUGCUGGCCUUACACCUUCUGAGUUCUUUUGUCAUGCCAUGGGAGGACGUGAAGGUCUUAUCGAUACAGCUGUUAAAACUGCCGAAACUGGUUAUAUUCAGCGUCGUUUAAUAAAGGCUAUGGAAUCCGUAAUGGUGCAUUACGACGGUACUGUCAGAAAUUCAGUCGGACAGCUCAUUCAGUUGCGUUACGGUGAAGACGGACUUUGUGGAGAAACCGUUGAGUUCCAGAACUUGCCUACUAUUAAACUCAGCAAUAAGGCUUUCGAAAAGAAGUUCAAAUUCGAUCCGAGCAAUGAAAGAUAUCUUAGGCGAAUCUUCAAUGAAGACAUUGUACGUGAGAUGAUGGGCUCUGGUGAAGUUAUUUCUGAACUCGAGCGAGAAUGGGAACAAUUGAACAAAGAUAGAACAGCUCUCCGAGAAAUCUUCCCUAGUGGUGAAUCGAAGGUUGUGUUGCCUUGUAAUUUGCAACGCAUGAUUUGGAACGUACAGAAAAUCUUCCAUAUCAAUAAGCGUGCACCAACAGACUUGAGCCCCAUGCGAGUAAUUCAAGGCGUGAAGGAUCUUUUGGAGAAAUGUGUGAUCGUAGCUGGUGAAGAUCGUCUCAGCAAGCAAGCCAAUGAAAACGCCACACUGUUGUUCCAGUGCUUAGUACGUUCAACCCUAUGUACGAAAUGCGUAUCUGAAGAAUUCAGGCUGUCUAGCGAAGCCUUCGAAUGGUUGAUUGGAGAAAUCGAGACUCGAUUCCAGCAAGCUCAAUGUUUCCCAGGAGAGAUGGUUGGCGCCUUGGCUGCUCAGUCACUUGGUGAACCUGCAACACAGAUGACACUGAAUACUUUCCAUUUCGCCGGAGUGUCAUCGAAAAACGUAACACUUGGUGUACCUAGACUCAAGGAAAUUAUUAACAUCAGUAAGAAACCUAAAGCUCCUUCAUUAACUGUAUUCUUGACUGGUGCAGCCGCAAGAGAUGCCGAAAAAGCCAAGAACGUUCUUUGCCGUCUUGAGCACACGACACUCAAGAAGGUAACUGCCAAUACAGCGAUUUACUACGACCCAGAUCCACAAAAUACAGUUAUCUCAGAAGAUCAAGAGUUUGUAAACGUUUACUAUGAAAUGCCGGACUUUGAUCCAACUAAAAUUUCACCUUGGUUAUUACGUAUUGAGCUCGAUCGUAAGAGAAUGACGGACAAAAAAUUGACCAUGGAACAGAUCGCUGAGAAGAUUAACGCUGGAUUCGGUGACGAUCUCAACUGUAUUUUUAAUGACGACAACGCCGAGAAGCUUGUAUUGCGUAUUCGUAUAAUGAACAGCGAGGAAAAUAAAUUCACCGACACUAAUGAAAUCGAGGAGUCUAUCGAUAAGAUGGAGGACGAUAUGUUCUUACGUUGCAUUGAAGCGAAUAUGUUGAGUGACAUGACUCUGCAGGGUAUCGAGGCGAUCAGCAAAGUAUACAUGCACUUGCCACAAACUGACUCAAAGAAAAGAAUCAUCAUCACAGAAACCGGUGAAUUCAAGGCUAUUGCUGAAUGGCUGUUGGAAACUGACGGUACCAGUCUCAUGAAAGUACUCAGCGAGCGAGACGUCGAUCCAGUCAGAACAUUUUCUAACGAUAUCUGCGAAAUCUUCCAAGUGUUGGGUAUCGAGGCCGUGCGAAAGUCUAUUGAGAAAGAAAUGAAUGCGGUGUUGCAGUUCUACGGUCUUUAUGUCAACUAUCGUCAUUUGGCUUUGCUUUGUGACGUCAUGACUGCCAAAGGUCACCUUAUGGCCAUCACACGUCACGGUAUCAACAGACAAGAUACCGGUGCUCUCAUGAGAUGCUCGUUCGAAGAGACUGUCGACGUGCUGCUCGACGCUGCGUCUCACGCUGAAGUCGAUCCUAUGAGAGGCGUGUCCGAGAAUAUUAUUAUGGGUCAACUGCCACGUAUUGGCACUGGUUGCUUUGAUUUGCUGCUCGAUGCUGAAAAAUGUAAACAAGGUAUCGAAAUACCAAUGGCUGUUGGAGCGAAUAUCAUGGGUGGAACUGGAAUGUUCUUUGGCAACGCUACAACACCAAGCAUGAGCCCACAAAUGACACCAUGGUUGGGCGCGACACCAGGCUACGGGGCAGCGGGAAUGUCUCCAAGCAUCGGCAGUGGAAUGACUCCCGGUGGCGCUUGCUUCUCACCAUCUGGACAAUCUGACGCAUCUGGAUUAUCCCCAGCGUACUCAGCUUAUUCGCCACAACCAGGAAGUCCAGGCAGUCCUGGACCCAGCAUGAGUCCAUACCCGAUGUCACCAGCUGGUGGAGCUUCUCCAAGUUAUUCGCCCACUUCACCGGCGUACCUGCCUGCGUCACCGAGCAUGACGCCGUCGAGUCCGAAUUAUUCUCCGACAAGUCCUACUUAUUCGCCAACAAGUCCAAAUUACUCGCCAACUAGCCCCAGCUAUUCGCCGACGAGCCCGAGUUAUUCACCGACAAGUCCAAGCUACUCACCAACGUCACCCAGUUAUUCGCCGACUAGUCCGAGUUACUCGCCUACGAGUCCUAGCUACUCGCCGACUAGCCCAAGUUAUUCUCCGACGAGUCCGAGUUACUCACCGACAAGUCCCAGCUACUCUCCAACUAGUCCGAGUUACUCGCCUACGAGUCCCAGCUACUCUCCUACUAGCCCAAGUUAUUCUCCGACGAGUCCCAGUUACUCACCUACCAGUCCGAGUUAUUCGCCAACGAGUCCUAGCUAUUCACCUACGAGUCCAAGCUACACACCAGCGUCGCCGUCAUAUUCGCCGACUUCUCCAUCAUACUCACCUUCGUCGCCGCAGUACUCGCCGGCUUCGCCAAGUUACUCACCUUCGUCACCGAAGUAUUCACCGACAAGUCCAAGUUAUUCACCGACUUCACCAUCUUUCGCAGGCACGUCAUCGCAAUACACACCAGCGAGUCCGACGUACUCGCCGACGAGUCCAAGCUACUCACCGACUUCACCGAGUUAUUCGCCUACGUCGCCGAGCUAUUCGCCAAGUUCACCUCAACACAGUGGCGGAAGUACUAAAUACUCGCCAAGUAGUCCCAAUUAUUCACCAACGAGUCCCACAUACUCACCUACUAGCACGAAGUAUUCUCCGACCAGUCCCACAUAUUCUCCCACCAGUCACAGCUAUUCUCCAACAAGUCCGAGUUAUUCGCCUACAAGCCCUGCAUAUUCACCACAAGUACCAGGGUACUCGCCGACUAGUCCCACUUAUUCAGCUUCCUCGCCAACUUACGAGUCUGAAGACAGUUAAACUACUGGAAUAUUACGGAAUUCAUCAUCUGUGUGAAUGGUUGAUGCAUGAAUGGUUAAUACGUAUUGCGUUGAUGAGUCUCGUGUUGAGUCGGAUGUUGGGACACGUGUUUACUUUGUUGUAUCUUCGUAUAAAGCGAAUUUGAAACGUAUGUUUUUUUAUAAGCGUGAAGAAUCAAUUUUGUUGAACUUGCUGAAAUAUGCGGGUUCGUUCUCAAGAAAGUACGGUAUAAUUUAUUCAGUGUCGCAAUUGCGCGAGAAAUAAAAAACAUCUUUUAUUUUUAAUGCUUUUGAAAUGAUUGUUUGAUUUUUUUUAGUCCAAUCAUAUUAUAGUUGAAUUUCAAUUACAGAUUUACUUACGUUAUGAAUAAACUUCAUAAUAUCUUUUGUAAUAAAAAAUUUUUCGUAUAAAUGACUUGGAAAUUACAUUAAUAUUCCCUAACAAAGAAUUUGAUACACCAAAAACAUUGCAAUUUUAAAUGUACGAACUGGUAUAAGUAUAUAUGUUAUUGUUUUUAUAAUUGAAAACAAUUGUACUCUUUCAAUAUAUCUGAGUGGCCUUAAUAAAAAAUACGGUAUUUUCCUAAAAUUUAACCACUCAUGACUUUUUCAAAUGUUACUUAUCUUAGUAUUUGAUAAUUACCCUAUCAUUAUUGAAAUUCAAAUUAUAAAUGAAAAAAUUAGUAUUUUGUACAAUUCAGAACCAGCAUCUAGUUUAGCGUAAGGUGUAUUAUGUAAGUGUAAAUGAUUAUAGUAAACUUAAGGAAUCCAUACAAAUUCGAUCGAAAAUAAUGAAAAGAGAAAAAAAUGGAUUUUAUUUUAUUUUUAACAAUAAAGUAUUUUCACUUCCAACAUCUUUCGCUACAAUUAUUACGUGCAUGGUUUGGUAACUUAUGAAGAUGAGUGGAAAAAAAAGUUGACCACAGAGUUUAUGCAACACAGUCAACGACUACGAUAAUGUGCAUGGGUGAGUGUUAGUUGAAGAUAUGUUACUGUAAUUAAGUAAAUGUCAUUUACACUAUAAAUAAGGAAAUAAAAAUAUAAAAAAGGUUAUUUGAAAAAAAGAUUAAAAAAGUCCGAAGAAUAAUUAUAAUGGUUGAUAAUUCAGUUAUUGAAAAUCUGUGCCUGCUACAGCGUAUUUUAAAUUGUUUUUAUUAUUUCAAGUUCGGGCAUUCUUGAUAAAUAAUUGGCCUCUUGUUUUCUUUUUAUAACAAACAAUUGACAAGGAGCAAGGUCAACGUUAUUACAAUUAAGAGUAUUAGCUACAUUUAUUAAAAAAUACAUUUUUUAUCAAUAAAUAUAUCGAUUGAUAUACGACUUUUUACAUGCAUUUAAGUU